AUACUUUUUGUUUUAUGAGACAGCGUUCCGUAAAUUCGGUUUUCCAUCCAUUUAGGAAGUACUUUUUGGCGCGGCACUGGUUACGCGGCUCGAAUUUGUAGACUUGUGUGUGCCGUACCGAGAGGCUUGCACCCCUUACCCUCAUUCUACACUCGAGAGCCACUACUCCCCUCCAUUUUACACCGAAUUUCAAAAGCGGGCAGAACAGAAUCUUCUAGAAGGGUGUUACGAGCGGAUUCGGGAGGUGGGGGGUCGGUGUGGAAAAAACCAGACAGUUAUUUUUUUCUCUCUCGGCGAAUGAGGAGCGCCCCCCACUACCCCUCCUCAACAACAACCCCCAAGUGCGCAUGCGCAUUUCGGUGGCAGGAGGGUACUUAAGGCGCGGCCACCGGGGCUGCGGCAGUGCGCCGAACAGCGGACUCCGAGAUCUGCAGACCUCGGCGAACCCUCGCUCUCGACCACCCACCCACUCUUGGAACCAUGGCCGCAGUGGCAGCAGCUUCCGCCGAACUGCUAAUCAUCGGCUGGUACAUCUUUCGCGUGCUGCUGCAGACCCUGUCCCCAGUGCGCCGGCGCCCGGCCGGGAACAAAGACUCAGGGGUGCGGCGGUCGCCCGCAGCGGACGAUCGCGACCAACGCGGUGUUCAGGUACUCCCUGCAGAAGCUGGCGCACACGGUGUCCCGGACCGGGCGGCAGGUGCUGGGGGAGCGCAGGCAGAGAGCCCCCAACUGAGGCCCCAGCUCCCAGCCCUGGGCGGCCGUGUCAUCAGGUGCUCCUGUGCUUCUCGACCAGCAUGGGAGCCAGUGCCGCGCAGGAAUGGGGGGUCCCCUGUGCUCCCUCGUCAGAGGAGCACUUGCCAAGGUCAGUGAGGGGCCGGUAGGCCCCCGGAGAAGCAGCACCGACAAUGAUGAAGCUAUCAGUUCCCUUCCCAGCCCCUUUGCCCCUGUCCCACUACCGGCGGGUGGGAGAGGAGGGGGGAAGAGGGGAGCAAGCCCUCGAGAAAAUGGGCGUAGGCACCUCAUUCUGAUCUGGACCAAGUCGGAACAGCACCAUCUCAGCUGCAUGAGAGACCGUACUACAGAGAUCCAACACACAACCAAACAGCAGAACGGACAUUCUGACAUCACCAGCCGAAGCCCUGAAUCUCGGUGCAGAAGAGAAAACAUCAACUGUGUGCCCUGUGGCAGGACUGGAGGGCAUGGAUGCGGGAGGAAGAGGGUUAAGAAAUUCAGAGGCGCCCUCUUGCAGUCCCUUGCCUAAGGCAUGCACUUUCCUGCCUUGCUCCCUCGUUCCCCUCACUCCCCAGCCUUCCAAACCCCUCCCCAAAAUGUGUCACUUGAUUCGGACCUAUUCAACCAGAAACUGAAUCCCACUUUCACCAAAACACCUUCUCCGGACCCCCGGCCCUUCACUGAUCUUGCUUAUCCCUGGUCUCACAAGGCAGUUGUGGUCAAUAUUGUGGUAGUCGCUAACUGUACUGCUUAAUUGUGCAUUAGUUGUAUCCCCCAGCUAGAUUGUAAGCUCCAGGAGAACAGGGACCACCUCCACAAAAAAUAAAAAACGGACCUCUCCUGUCUUGUACAGUGUCCUAGGACCGUGCAGGGCAGUGGGGGUGCACCAAA